AUGCUGUCCACCGUGCGCCGCCACAGCCUGCGCCUGCAGACCGAGCUCCACCGGUGGAGCAUCUGCGACCCGGGCAGCCACCUGCUCCCGGACAGCUUCCUGCCCCGGGUCCCCGCCUGCAUCUCCCGCUCCAAGUCCUGCACCAGCUCGGCGGGGGAGUCGAACGGCAGCCGCGGGAGCUGGUCCUCCGCGGACUCGAUCAUCUCCACCGACUCCGCCGGGGAGCCGCCGGAGCCUGGGCGCCCGUACCGGGUGGUGCUGCUGGGGGCCAGCGGGGUCGGGAAGACGGCGUUCGCCAGCAUCUUCGCCGGAGCAGCGGACAGCAUGGACAGCGACGACUGCGAGCUGAGUGGAGAUGAAAUGUGUGAAAAGACGAUCGAAGUGGACGGAGAAUCUGCAGCUGUCACUCUGCUGGACACGUGGGACACAGAGACUGACAAACGGGCUCAGGAGUGUCACGCGCAGACAGGGGAUGCCUACCUGUUGCUGUACUCUAUCACUGACCGGGCCUCGUUCAUUCGAGCCUCCGAGCUCAGGAUCACCCUCCGCCGCUUCCGUCCCGCUCAGCACACCCCGAUCAUCCUGGUGGGCAACAAGUGUGACCUUGUGCGACGCAGAGAGGUGUCAGUCAAUGACGGACGCACCUGUGCUGCCGUGUUCGACUGCAAGUUCAUCGAAACCUCAGCGGCCAUGCAGCACAACGUCUGGGAGGCCUUCCGCGGCAUCGUGCGGCAGCUGCGUCUGCGCCGAGACUCCGAGGAGGCCAACAAGCGUCGGAGGCACAGCGCCUGUAACACGCGCCGCGAGAGCCUCCCCACCAAGGCCAAGCGCCUCCUGGACAAGGUGGUGGCAAAGAACAACCCCAGCAUGGCCUUCAGGCUGAAAUCCAAGUCCUGUCAUGACCUGUCUGUGCUCUAGGUGUUCAACAGACCCUGGUUUUAACUCUACGCUAAAACCAGUCUUGAUGGUAUAGAAUCAGUGGACAUGGCCUGGAGGGAAGCCUGGUGCUUGAGGGCUAACCGUUGGGUGGUUCAGACCCGGUCCCUCACUGGGUUCACAUCCUCAGCACAGAACAAGACGACUGAGAGGCGUUGAACAGAUUUCUACUCUGCCGCUCACACGACUCAGUCUGAACCUGGCUGAGUGGACUGACGCAGAUCAUCAGGCUUGGUAAAGGACCAGACAAUCAGUUAAUGCAGUGACUGACACAAACACUGUGCGGCAGAAAUGUCUGGAGUAUUUACGAGCUGACAGGCGGAGGCGAUGUUUGUUUCAUUCCUGUGUUUUGAACAAAGACAUUCAAAUCAGCCUUUUUCUCUCCUCCUCCUCUUUUCCCUCGUCCCUCCGCUCUCAUCGCUGCCACGUCAGUUGAGUUGUUUGUUGAAAUCCUAAGUGCUAA